CCGCAAAUUCUUCUCCUCCGCCAAGAACUCUCACCUCUCCACAUCCUCCAUCGCGUUUUCCUCCCAUCCCGCCAUCGCCUCACCCUCUCGCCCCUCCAUUGCCUCUCGCUCUCACCCCUUCGUCACCUCUCCCUCCUAUCCCGCCGUCGCCUCUCACUCCCAUACCGUCGUCGCCUCCCUCUUAGCCCGCCAUCGCCUUCCCCUCCUAUCCCGCCAUUACCUUCCCCUCCCAUCCCGCCGUCGCCUCCCCCUGCUACCCCGCUGUCGCCUUCCCUUCUCAUCCGCCGUCGCCUCUCCCUCCCACCUCGCCGCCGCCUCUUCCUCCCCUCCCGUCGCCGCCUCCCCCUCCCGUCCGGUCGCCGCCUCUCCCUCCCAUCCCGUCGCCGCCUCCCCCUCCCGUCCGGUCACCGCCUCUCCCUCCCGUCCCGUCGCCGCCUCUCCCUCCCGUCCCGUCGCCGCCUCUCCCUCCCGUCCCGUCGCCGCCUCUCCGUCCCGUCUCGUGGCCGCCUCUCCCUCCCGUCCCGUCGCUGCCUCUCCCUCCCGUCCCGUCGCCGCCUCUCCCUCCCGUCCCGUCGCCGCCUCUCCCUCCCGUCCCGUCGCCGCCUCUCCCUCCCUUCCCGUCGCCGCCUCUCCCUCCCUUCUCGUCGCUGCCUCUCCCUCCCGUCCCGUCGCCGCCUCUCCCUCCCGUCCCGUCGCCGCCUCUCCCUCCCGUCCCGUCGCCGCCUCUCCCUCCCCUCCCGUCGCCGCUCUCCCUCCCCUCCCGUCGCCGCCUCUCCCUCCCAUCCCGUCGCCGCCUCUCCCUCCCAUCCCGUCGCCGCCUCUCCCUCCCAACCCGUCGUCGCCUCUGGCAACAGGUCACGAGAGGGUGCACGAGGGGGAACUGGUGCGCGAGCGCGGUGUCUUCAUGCCGAAUCGUCUCCCAUUUAUUGCACUACCAUCAGAAGAGGUGGAGAUAGGGAGCGCGAGGGAGAGCGUACGCGAGGGAGCGAGCACGCAGGAGAGUGCGCGUGAAGGAGCGAAGGAAGAGCUGGAGGGAGAGGCGGUAGAGAGAGCGCCUUGCACGCUUGCGCCUUCGGCGCGGGCGCCGUUGGCGCUUGUGCCUUAG